AUGAUUGGCGACCUUGACGCCGCAAAGAAAGUAUACGAGGAAGCAGGCGUGCCCAAUCAGAGUAUCCUCAAACCGCUCCUCAGCAUGGCGGAAGGCCAGUACAACGAUGCAGUGGCCGAAUGGAGGGCACUUCUCGAGAACGGCGAAGAGGAAAAUGAUAAAGCCUUGAUUUCCCAGAAUUUGGCCGUCUGUUUAUUAUAUACGGGACAGCUGAAUGAGGCUCGUCAAAUUCUGGAGUCGCUGGUUGGUUCUAACCAUUCGUUUGGCAGUUUGCUCUUCAAUCUGUCCACAGUCUACGAGCUUUGCUCCGACAAGGCUGGUAUUCUCAAGACCAGUCUUGCCGAGUCUGUUGCCAAGCAGCCCAUCUCAGGUGAUCUCAAUCUUGAUCGGCCAAGUGCGGAUUUCAAGUUAUAA